AUGAUGGGCUUGGCUGGAUCAUAUUCGUGUGAACCACCCCCACUGGACAAAUCUUCUUUGCAAAAAGAGCUGGUACAACAAGAUUUGCAUCCGACCAUUUCCAUGAAAAAGCUAGCAGAGGCUAAGGCGCACUCUUUGGCCGCCAAACAUGCAGGAAAAGAGCGAAACACAAAUAUUCCAGUAUUUUACUUGGGGAGUGACACUGUUGUUGAUAUUGAAGACAAGAUUUUGGAAAAACCAAAGAAUGAAGAAGAAGCCAAGCAAAUGCUGCUCAAAUUGAGUGGUCAAGAGCACCAGGUCCACACUGGAAUCGCACUCUAUUGGCUUUCUUCCAGCUGUGAAAUUUCCCUAUUGUCUUCGUUUACAGAGAGCGCUCAUGUUACCUUUUGCAACUUGAGCGAUGCUGACAUUGAUGCGUAUGUUGCCCCUGGGGAACCGAUGGACAAGGCAGGCAGUUACGGGAUACAAUGUAUUGGCGGCCAAAUGGUGCAAAGCAUCGCAGGAGAUUUCUUUACUGUGAUGGGAUUGCCCAUGCAUCAAACCAGCAAAUACUUGGCCAGAGCUCUGAUAGAGGAAUAG